CCCUCAAUCAGUGUAAUUAUCAAUAGUGACCCUUUUAGUCUUGAAAGUGUCCCAGAGUUGGAACAAGAAGUAAAAUGGUCAGCCUCAUUGUAAUGGAAACAUAACAGGACAUCUUGUGGGGCACAGAAGAGGGAGCCCGUAACUGCUCCAGGGACUCAGGGAGGGUCCCCAGGGGUCUGGGGACCCAGGCAGGAGUCACAGGUGGGAAUGGUGCUACAGUGUAGCCUAGGGUGGGAGGGACGUAGGAAGAUGCUAAGUUCCCGUGGUUGUGAUGAGGGUGAGGGUCCUGGAGGUGGGCCAGUGGAGAGGGGUGACAAAAAGAGGCAAGGAGUUACAGGGACCUCUCUGCCACACCAAAGGGGCUAGGGCUUAGUCCUGAGGGAACUAGGGAGCCAUGGGAGGGCUGGGAGCAGGGGAGAAAUAGGAUCAAACUCAAGUGGGAUGCCAGGAGUUCCAAAUACAGGCAGAUAUGGUGAGGAUGUCAGUAGCCAGGGUAGUUGGGAACCCAGCGACAGUACCCCCUUUAGAAGUGUUUCCCAGAGUAGGGGACACAUGAGCCAGGACUGGAAGGGUUGGCAAGCAGGGUGCCCCAAGCAGAUACCCAGAGGUGGGAACAGCAAGUGUGAUUUGGGUGGGGAGACAGGCGGGGCCAGGUCAUGCAGGACCUUGGAUGCCAAGUCCAGCGUCUGUGCUGGGUCCGUAGGGUACUGGGGAGCCAUGGAAGAACGUUGAGCAAAGGAAGGGCAGGGCAGCUCUGGGGUCCUGUGGGAAUGGACUGGAGGCUAGGAGACCAAGGAGGAGGCUGCAGUGAGGGCUCAUGGGGAGAGGACGAGGUCGGAGCCUGGGCCAUAGGGAUGAAGAGAAGGGGACACAGUAGAGUCAGUCAGUCGUUGGGCAGGAAGGACAGGGUUGGGGGGCUUGACAAGCUGUGUGGGUAGGAGUCAUAGGUGAAGAGGCAGUCAUCCCCACCCACUAGCCCCCCCCUUUGAUCUGUCACCCACUCCUCAGGUCCCCCUUCUCCCAACCCACACCUCCAAUCUAUAAAACAGGUCUGAGCAGGAGCUGCUGCGAUGGAGACAGGGGUGGGCAAACAGGUUCUGAGAACCCAGAGCUGCCUGGGGCACAGGUAAGGCAGGACACAUCCCCACCCUCGGGUGGCUGGUCUGAGGAGGCCGUUCCUCUGCUUGUCCUUCCAGGAGCUCUCAGAGUAGCCGGUCCCUUUUCUGUCCCUCCCAGUGAUGAAGGGCAGCUGUUAGCUUUGCUAGCAGCUGUGGUGCAACCAGCGUGGCCCAUGGACCUACCAGAGAGCCCAGCGGGUGGUCCCGCUUCACAAAUGUACCUCUGGGACCAGCCGGAGGAGGGGCUCCUGGGGACACCGCUCAGCUUAGAGGAGCAAAUACUUAACUCCACCUUCGAAGCCUGUGACCCCCAGAGGACAGGCUUUGUGGCUGUGACCCACGUACUGGCCUACCUGGAGGCCGUGACUGGACAGGGCCCCCAGGACGUGCGCCUCCAAACACUGGCCUGCAGCCUGGACCCCAACGGGGAGGGCCCUCAGGCCACUGUGGACUUGGACACCUUCCUGGUCGUCAUGCGGGACUGGAUCGCUGCCUGCCAGCUGGAUGGACGAUUAGAGCUGGAAGAGGAGACCGCCUUCGAGGGGGCCCUGACCUCCCAGCGACUGCCAUCUGGAAGCCCAAACGCCGAGGAGCCAGACAACCUGGAGAGCUUCGGAGGCGAAGACCCCAGACCUGAACUGCCCGGCACAGCUGACCUGCUGAGCAGCCUGGAGGACCUGGAGCUCAAUAACCGCCGGCUGGUCGGGGAGAACGCCAAACUGCAGCGCAGUGUGGAGACGGCUGAGGAGGGGUCCGCGCGCCUCGGGGAGGAGAUCUCUGCCCUGCGCAAGCAGCUCCGCAGUACCCAGCAGGCCCUGCAGCUUGCCAAGGCCGUGGAUGAGGAGCUGGAAGACCUGAAGAGCCUGGCCAAGAACCUGGAGGAACAGAACCGCGGUCUUCUGGCCCAGGCCCGGCAGACAGAAAAGGAGCAGCAGCAUCUAGUGGCUGAGCUGGAGACUCUACAGGAGGAGAAUGGGAAGCUGCUGGCCGAGCGGGACAGAGUGAAGAGGCGGACUGAGGAGCUGGCCAUGGAGAAGGACUCUUUGAAGCGGCAGCUCUGUGAGUGUGAACACCUCAUUUGCCAACGAGAAGCUGACCUCUCUGAGCGCACUUGCCACGCAGAGAGCCUGGCCAAGACCUUGGAAGAGUACAGAACAACAACCCAGGAACUGAGGCUGGAAAUCUCACACCUAGAGGAGCAGCUGAGUCAGAUCCACAAGGGGCCAGAUGAGCCGCCCAAAGGGAUGCAGGCGAGAAGAGAAGACUGGGCCAAGCUGCUGCCCCCAUCGCUGGGCAUGGAGAUCCGGGCCCUUUGGCAGCAACAAGAAGAAGCAGCCGCUGAUCUCUCCAGCCCCCUGUGUGGGGUGUGGCAGUGGCAGGAGGGCAUCGGUGAGAGCGACGAGGAGGCUGAGGGACAGAGAAACUUCCAGGGAGAGCCAGCAUACUGUCAGGAAGGAAAGAAGGGGCAGUCGAUGUGGUUGCCCAGAAGAGAGGAAGAGGAGGAAGCAGAGACCCGGGCCAUGGCUGAUCUCUCCAACCCUCUGAGAGACCCUCACCCUCCACACUUUCCAAGAAGCCCUCCUGAGAGCCCUGCCCCGCCGGACCUGCGCCAGGCCCUGGUGCCUGUGGAGAAGAAGCUGGUCCCUGUCAGGAGGCAGGUCUGGGGCCAGCUCUGCCUGUGCCCCCUGCACCCCCAGCGGCUCAGGGUCGCUCGGCACCCGCUGAUCCCAGCACCCGUCCUGGCCCUCCUGCUGCUGCUGCUGCUGCUCUCCCUCCUGCUGCUCGGCCAGUCCCCGCCCCCAACCUGGCCGCACCUCCAGCUCUGCUACCUGCGGCCACCUCCUGUGUGAACCCUGCACCCGCCCCUCUGAGCCAUGUCUAGUUCAGUGGGUUCCUCAGCUCGGUUUGCUGUUCUGCUGUUGCGGUGCCACCGUCAUCUGGGAUUGUUCCCCCAGUGCCCACCCGAACACCAGAUGCAGUGUUUCCGGAUCCACACCCAGUGUGGUGGGGUCUUUAUGUGAAGUCUCUUGGUUUUUUAAUGUUAGCAACUGCAUUUCUCUUUUCUUUCUUUCUUUCUAAAAUGUUAUUUAUUGGUGUUAGAGAGGGAGGAAAGGAAAGA